UCUUGAGAAGGAAGAAAGCGAGCUGUCAAAUGGCAAACAACAACCUUUUAUUUUAAGAAACUUGAGCAAAAUGGCAGCCACACGGAGAUUGCAGAAAGAGCUAGCAGAUAUCCGAGCAUCGGGAAUGAAAUCUUUUCGUGACAUAGUUGUGGAUGAAGCUAACUUGCUGCUAUGGACCGGAUUGAUCGUGCCGGAUAAUGUUCCCUACAAUAAGGGUGCUUUUAGAAUAGAGAUAACUUUCCCAGCCGAAUACCCUUUCAAACCACCAAAGAUUUCGUUUAAAACUAAAAUAUAUCAUCCAAACAUCGAUGAAAAGGGGCAGGUCUGUCUACCGAUCAUAAGUGCCGAGAACUGGAAACCGGCAACAAAAACAGAUCAAGUUAUUCAAGCAUUGAUAGAGCUUGUUAAUGAUCCAGAACCAGAACAUCCUUUGCGAGCUGAUCUAGCGGAGGAGUUUUUAAAAGAUAGGAAAAAAUUUACAAAAAAUGCUGAGGAACACACCAGAAAGCACAGUGAAAAGCGACCGGAAUAAAAGAAAGGCAUUGGCAUAGAAUGAUG